AGUACUGCAAAUUUUUUUUAAACAAGGACGGCAAAAUCAAAUAAUCUAAUAAGCACUGCAAUUCUGCAAAUAAGUACUUCAAAUAAGCACUGCAAUUUUUCAAGGAACACACAAAUACAUAAUGAAUGAAAACCUCUCAAAUACCACUAAGAAACACUACAGACUUGCGGAACUUCCUGGUCACCAACAUCCUCCAGCCAUGGGACAUCACCUGGUAUUCGGAUGGUAUACAGUACCUGGUAGAGCUCGUCCCGGAACGGUAUGUUGCCGACUUUGGAUCUGUUGUACGGCGACGACGGGCACUUCGAGGUGUAGAUGCUGAGGAAUCCCCGCUCCACUCGGGCAUCUCCGUGCCCGAUCGGCUGCAAUUUGUUCUACGUGUUCUCGUACCACUCCGUCGGCGUCACUGUCCCCUGCCACGCCACCGCGAUGUCCCUCCGCCCAAUCCGCCGCGUCUCCUCGUCGUCGCUCACGGCCACGAAUCCGAUCCAAUUCGAGUCCUUGCUCCAUCUGUUGACCCGUCGCUGGGGAUUUCUCUGGGCUUGCUUGUUUAAUUUUGGGACUCUAGCAGCCACAAGCCGACAACUAAGGGCCAUAAUAAUCUGCCUAGGACCGGCCUUAGCCCUUAGCUUGAAGGUAAGUGACUUACAUAAAGCAUGUUGUUGGUU